ACCAUGUGCAACCCGGGUUCUCACUUCUCAGCACUUCCGUUCCGUAGGAGUUACCUGCUUGCUUGAUCACCAUCGUCAUCGUCGGCUGUCCACGGUGGGCGGUUGAUGCGCCGGAUUGCCAUUGGCGACUCGCAUUGGAGAACUGCCAUUUUCUUAAUCUUAGUGAAACGAUUAACGAAGUACCGAACCCUCAUCUAAACGAACUCUACUCUUCUCAGCAGAUAAACCAGAAAUGGCGAAUCAAUCCAUGAAGCGUUUCUUCCAUCAUCUAGGUUUUAGUAUAAAUAUGCUAAAAAAGCAGGAGUCGUAUAAGCGUUUUGCAUAUAAGGUUCUUGUUCGGUGUCAAUCACAAUCGUCAGAAACGGAUAAAGCGGAAACUGACGGUUCGAGAGAGGGGAAGGAUGUAUCGCGAGUUCCGGUAAUGCCUAAUCUGAAUAAGCAGAUAAAUUAUGAUUCGAGAAUCAGCAAGUACAGUUCUGAUGAAGAGAAUUUGAAUGAUAACAAGCGGAAGUUAGAAGUUGAUUGGAUCAUGAAAGCUCUUGAACCAGCUGUGCAGUUGUACAGGUGGGCUCUGCCAACAGGGAAUAAUGAUGGGCAAAACUCCCCUUCUAGUAGUCGAUCUUUUACAGAGAUUGUUGCACACAUUCAGCGGAGUAAGGUUGGGAUUCAGGACUGGAGCCUGAGUGAUCUUACAGUAGGUCUCUUUCUUGUCUAUCUUCGUCAAGCAGCUGCUGGCCUGGUGGAAGAUGUGAAGGGUGUUCAGAUCUCAUCUGAAUCUAUAGUUCAAGAGCUCAUCUAUCACAUUGAACUGGCAAAAGGGGCGUAUAAGGAAAAUGCUGCAAGUCUUGCACGGCACAGCAUGCUUCGAGAAAAGAACAUUUUGAAGUUUGUUAAAAAUUCCAAUGUGAUGCGGCCUGGAUAUUAUAUAGGCAUUGACACCCGCUACAAACUUGUAGUUCUUGGAAUACGUGGAACUCAUACUGUGUAUGACCUGAUAACUGAUAUUGUUUCUUCAAGUGAGAAAGAAAUGACAUUUGAAGGCUACUCAACCCACUUUGGUACAACUGAAGCUGCUCGCUGGUUUCUUCAUCAUGAGGUUGGAACAUUAAGAAAAUGCUUGGAGAAACAUGAGGGAUUUAGGUUGAGGCUGGUUGGGCAUUCUCUUGGCGGUGCUACAGCUUCAUUACUUGCAAUAAUGCUACGUAAAAAGUCACAGGAGGAGUUGGGUUUUAGUCCUGAUAUUGUCUCUGCCAUUGGGAUUGCAACACCACCUUGUGUCUCUAAAGAACUUGCUGAAAGUUGCUGCAGUUAUGUUUCAACUAUUGUCUUACAGGAUGAUAUAAUUCCUAGGUUAAGCGUAGCUUCCUUGACAAGGUUGAGGAAUGAAAUUUUUCAAACCAAUUGGUCAAGUGUCUUGGAGAAGGAAGAGUGGAAGACAAUCAUUGACUUGGUUGCAAAUGCAAAGCAGGUUGUCUCUUCAGUACAAGAUGUGGCUCGGAAACUUGCUGAUUAUGCCAAUUUUAGAAGCAAGACCAAUGAUUCUGAUGUUUCCAUCAGGAAAAUAUCAUCUACUGUUGCCAAAGUCCCUUCAACCCCAAAGCCUGCAACAAGCAGUAAUGCAAUUGUUAAACAGGAUAAAACCACAGCACCUGAGGAGUUGUUUGUACCUGGGACGAUGUAUUAUCUUAAGAGGAAUGUAGAUAAAGGUAGUGGAAGCAGCGGCAGUAAAAGCAAUGAAUCCUUCUCUCUCUGGAAGAGGCAUGCAGGUGAACAUUUUCAGAGGAUCAUCCUAUCCAGCAACUUGAUUUCAGAUCAUAAGUGUGAUAGCCACUACUAUGCUCUCAGGGACGUGCUCAAGGGCUUGCCAGCUCACAAUCAUGAAAGCAUCUAUUGAAAGAUCAAAGACGGUUGUACAUAUGUUCUCUUAAUUUUUUGUAAGCAAUGAGUACUUUUAAAUUUGGGUCUCCAUAAUUAACACCAAAGUUUGUUUGUAUAUUAUUGAUGGACGUUGGGCAUUGUUUGGUGAUCGAUGCCACAAUUCGUUCAAAUAAUGUAAAAGGGGAUUGGUAGCAUCUA